AUGCCUACGACUGGUGGUUUUGCCUUUAGCUUAGUCACGGGAGCUGCUAUAAGACUUUUCCAAGUCGGACUUAGUGGCUCUCCGUCAAAAUUGUCACAAAAGGUAAUUGGAUACGCUACUGCAAUGAGUAUAACAUCGGCAAUUUACUAUUUCAUAUACGAUCCACAAAUGACUCACAGUAGAGAGCUAUUAGAACGAAGAUUGAUAAUGUUGCGAGAGCAAAGACAAAGAAAAGAGGACUUGGUAAGUACCAAGGACUUGAAAAACAGGUUAUUUACAUCAAAUGAUAGAGGCAAGUUCUUUCAAUUGUUUGAACAAUAUGGCCAGCCCUACAAGUAA